AUCCAAACAUAUCUUCGUAAACAAGAAAAUUUUAUAGAAGCCGUCACCAUAUUUCUCUCUCAUCGAAACCACUCGUUAAACCUCCCAAAAUCCUCACCUACCGACUACCAGCAAAUCCCCAAACUCGUGCGAGUCAACUCUGCCAUGGAUGAACCUUCGGGUUCAGGACCACCAACAACAACAAUCACUAACUCAGAAGACGACGAGGACACGAUCUUAGCGAAAUCAAAGGUCUUAACUCGGAAAGAAGUAUUAAAACGUCGAGCGCGUCGACUCACUCGACUCGCCAAGUGUUACCGAGAGCAUUACUGGUCUUUAAUGGAGGAAGUGAGAAGAAAACAUCGCGAAUUUUACUGGAAAUAUGGUAAGAGUCCUUACAUAGAACACAAUGGCAUCGUUGGGGAGACAGAAUACGACAUUGUUCGGAAUGGAGUUCUAGAAGAUAGUAAUGGUGAUAACGUUGAUGGAUGUAAUAAAUUCGGGUUAAAGUUUGGUGAAAGUUUCAAAUUGUGUGUUUUUUCGGGGUGUAAGGCGAAAGCUAUGGCGUUGACGAGCUAUUGUGUUGCUCAUAUUGGGAUGGAUACCAAGCAAUUACUCUAUAAACGCUGCAAAUCCCCGCGGACAGUUUUAAGAAGACAACUAAAAGUGCGAAGAAUAGCUGUGAAUUUUCACGCUACCAAUCACCAAGUGACGGGAAGUUCAGGGAUCCCCUUAUGUGUAGCAAUACAGUACUGAAAUCCGUCUCUCCCUAUCUGUGCCAUAGACAUGCGCAAGACAUGAAGAAACAAAUCUCCCUAUCUUUGAAAAAGAGUGGUGCUUCAGUUUCCCUAUCUACAAAGAUUGCUUCGAAGUUCCAUUUCCAUCAUGUGAUAAAUGAGUAUGUUAACCAUAUUCAAUCCGGAAGAAGAGCUGCUGCAAAAGAUUUAAUUGGUAUUGCAAAUGGCAAUAACAGUUCUUGAAUAUCCCUCCCUACAUUUUGUUGCUAUCUGAAUCGAGUAUAUCUGACUGUCACUGAGGAAAACUUGCAUCAUGAUCAAGUAAACAUCGAAGAGAAAUUUCGCUGGUAGGAGAUUAGCUGCUCUCUGCCCUGAUUCCCCUCUUUUGUUGAAUGACCUACUGGCCCGUGACUGAACCUACCAGAUUAUCGACUGCUGACUAAUGAUCUGUCAGCGAAUCAGCUAUGCUCGUUCCUGGUGGCGUUUCAUUCUUUUUGGGUCAUGAUUUAGUAAAUAUGAGUGUAAAUCCAUAUAAUUGCUGUAUAGGAGAACAAUUUCUACAAAUUCUUGGCCAAGGUUUGAUAAGUCGUUAAUUCUUUAUUGUAAUUAAGAGUUAUGGGAAUGUUUAUAUCUUGGAAUCCGGUGUUUAUAUCUAAUGUUUUUGUUGCUCGGAUGAUGGUUUGAAUGUGCAACAUGAAA